AUGCUCAAAGCGCUGUGGCUAGCUGGCCUGGCCACCGCCUCAAUCACCAUCCAAGUCCACCGCGUCGACCCAUUGCCCUUCAGCGCGUCAGGUAUCGCUACAUCAGCCUCUGAUCUGUUCUCGCGGAGCUGUCCAGAAGAAGCGGAAAACACAGCCUCACUACUCGCAUCAUCAUUUGAUGACCUCGAGGGAAGAAAUGUAUUCCCCUCGUCGGAUGGGUUUGUGAGGGGCGCUGUUGAGGCGUGGGCCAAACACGAGCAUCUCAUCUUGCGACCUGAUGAGAUCUGGUUUGAAGUUUUGGCACAGAUGAAUGUGUACAUGAGUACCCACUCUGAGGCUCUCCGGCAUUUAUUCGUUGAUCACUCUGGGCGCGAAAAGAUUACCGUAGAAGGGUUUUCGUGGGACGGUAUCAUCGGUGCGUUUAGAGGGGAGAUCCAGAGCAGGGUUAAGACGGAGUGGUUGUUGGAAUGGAUAACACCCGGUUUUAGCACUUCGACUGCUCAAGAUGACGUUACGGCUACGGUGUUGAUGAUGGGACUGAUGCAGCAUUUCUUUGAGUUUGAGGGCAUGGUGGUAUGUGGAAUACCGAGUGUGACGCUUCUUGGGGAGAGGGAGGAUUGGGUUAAGCUGGGGGAGAAGGUUGAGAUGCUGAAGGAGUUUGGGGACGAGGCGGCUGGGUUUGCGGGGAGGUUGAGGCCGAUUAUGAAGAGGUUUGUUAGUUCCUGGGACGUUGAUACUGAAGGGGGUGAGGGUGAUGGGGAGAGGAGGUUGUUCUGGGAGCAGAUUGUUAGGGCUAAGAAGAAGUGGUCUUGUGGUGAGGGGGCGAGUGAGUGGGAUGUCUCAGGGUGGAUUACGGGCUUCAUGCAUUGGGAUCGUGAUGGAAAGGUUAGAGGAGUCUAUGAGGAUUGGUAUGAUAAUUGGGACGACGAGGAUGAAGAGGAAGCUGGAGAGAAGGUUGAAGAGGUCAAGAAAGACGAAGUCAAGGUUGAAGAAGAAAAGAAAGAGGAGGUACAAAUCGGGAUCUUCCCCAACGACUGGUCCGUCACAAUCGACGGACAGAGCUACGUCCCCUGCACCCUCUCCGACAUCAGCAUCGGCUACGCCAAAGCGCCUCUGACCAUGAAGAACUACCCGUCACCAGGCGCCGACACACAAGCCUAUCUUGUAGCAGGAAACGUCGGCGUCGAGAAGAAGAAUACCCCAGGCGGAGUCAUGGCGCAGCCUGUGAGCGGAUGGUUUGUUUAUGCGGGUGUUGAUGCUAAUUACAGCGCUGGGCCGUGGCUUGGCAGUGGUGAGGAGUUGGGAGGGAUUGCGGGGGGGAUUGUGAGCUGUAAGGCUGCUUUGGAAGCGAGCGGUAAAGACGGGGAGGUGAAGGAGGAGGAGAAGAAGAAGAAAGAGGGAGAGGAGGAAGUAAAGGAUCUAUAA